CGACAACGGGAAGAAUCGCUCACGAAAACUGCCGAGAUGCUUCGAGCUGAAAAUGACAGUCUGAAAAGCGAAAUCGUUCAAUUACGAGAAAUGAUCACUGAUCUUCGAAAGCAGUUGAGUUCGACAUGCCAGGCGCCGGUGUCGACGGAGCCGAUGCGAGAGACCGGGAACAUCACUCGACCAGAUUCCUACAUGCCUUACCACACGUUCCAACUCGGCUUCUCCAUCAACAGCCAAUUAUAG